AUGCUGACCCCCAUUCGUGUUCGUGGCCGCAGAAAGAAAAGACACCCCGACUCUACUAGGCACCGUCCGAAUGAUGAGCGAUCUGGAUCUACGACAGCGUCGAAGCGACCAAAGGGCGGUCGACCAUUAAUGUCCCUUGAGGAGAAAUUGACAUCAUCUCAAUAUCAAAGUAACAAGCGAACACGACUACAGGUGGUCCGACCAUUGAAAUCGAGGUCGAGAAAACGGCAUUCAAGACUGGAAACACUCCCCGUGGAACUCAUCGAAAAGAUAUUCCUGUAUUCGCUGAACAUCAACUUGCCUCGGUCAUCUUCGUCAUUGGCUUCUGCGCUCUCUAGUGAACAGAUCUAUCGGGCUCUUAUUCUGUUGGCGUUCUGGAAUGAUGACUCCUCGUUGACUUCUACGGGUGUCCCUCAUGAUGUUGUGAUUGGGAAAAUCUUACGGCUGGUGGACUAUACGCCUCUUGAUUAUGAAGAACGCAAGAAUCUGCAAAUAUCCAUUUUCCGUUGUCAAUGGUGUACUAUGGAUCGGGUGUUGAACCAAGUGCCUGAUUUGAUGAAUCUGACGAUCCAGCGACACUGGGUCAACGCUGGAGUCGGCAUGUCCCCAGGCCAAUGGGAGAGUCUUGCACGAUUCAUGGCCGGAGGAGGAGGAGGAGGAGGAGGAGGAGGAGGAGGAGGAGGAGGAGGAGGAGGAGGAGGAGGAGAUUGCACGUUUGAAGGCACGGGCAAAAACAACACUCGCUAUACACUGUCCAUCACUCCAUUUAUCUCCAUCAAAAUCACCAACCACGACUCCGGUGAGCAACACACGCAUCCGAUCCUCGAUAUCACCAACAUCCCAGAUAAGCUACUAAACGGCGAUGACGCCGGCUUCAACGAAGACGACGUCACCCACCUUGAGAUCCUCCGCAUGGCUAGCGGAUUUGCCCGAUCCGCCCUGGGCCAAAUAACCACCAGCGUCUCGCGCGAAGCAACACAACAGGGUAUCCACACCGCCCUGGUAGAGAACAGCGCGAGCGCAUUAACCACCCUCCUCAAAAUCGACGAGUACGUCUUUCGCAGCUUGAACACCUCCGCCGCACAGAGUGCGCCGUAUUCCCUACCGACAGAGCAUUUCCGCACCGCGGUUCGAGUCGCCCGCAACGAUCCGUGCAUGUUUCAACUUCUUGUUCGAGCCAGCGCCGAGUCUGUGCCGCCGGAUGACCCAGAAAUCACACAGUGGGCGAUGGAUCUGGAUGAUGCAUUUGGCCAUUGGUUGCUGGAUCUGAUGCUCCAUCUGCCGCAGCAGAUUGAGACAGCGAAUGCGAAUCCCGUCGAGGGUGCCGUGUUUUAUCUGGGAAGAGCGAAUGGGCAAGUGGAGAUGGCGAGAAGGUAUAUGCGGGAUGUUUUGGAUGUAGAAGAGUUGUCGAGUUGGAUGGAAGAGCCUCUGGGGGAUGUUUCUGGCUGGUGGAAGGCGAUUCGGAAGGGAAAGGGAGCGUCUAUUACUCGUUGA